AAAAAGAGGAAAAAGCAUGUGAUGUGGGAAUACACGUGCACAUGAUGAGUUAAGACAGAGAGUUGUUCUUCACACACACACACAUACACACAAACAAUUUUACAUGCUUCUUUCAUUCAUUCACUGCACAACCUACGAAGUAAAUGAAAAAACAGAUUCACUUACUAACUCACCAAAUCCUUAAAAUAAUAAACAAAUGAAUCCAUAAAAGGAAGAGAAAGAACCUCUCUUCCACUCUGUCUAACCUGUUUUCUUAUGUUAUGUUAUGUUCUUCUGUUCAGACACACUCUCUCAGACACACAAAACAAUUUUUUUUUCUUAACAUAAUCAUAGAAAGAGAAAGAAAGAAACAAAGCAUCUUAAUGAUAAGGUUCCACCUAUUGUGAAAACCAAGAACAACCUCAUUCUUCUUCUGUUUUCUUUGUCUUCUUCUCUCUUCACAUGAUACUGCAAUAUGACAAUGGAAGAACAUGAAGAAGUUUCCUUGCCAGGAACAGUUCCUUUUGAUAGAGCUCUUGAACAGGCAAUUGUAUCUAUAAAGAAAGGUGCAUAUUUACUCAAGUGUGGUAGUCGAGGAAAGCCGAAGCUCUGCCCUUUCAGACUUUCUCCGGAUGAGAGAAAUUUGAUCUGGUGCUCAGGACAGCAGGAAAAACAUUUGCGGUUGAGCGGAGUUACAAAAAUUGUUCAAGGACAAGGAAAUAUAAAGUCUCAGAGACAAAACGAAACCGAAAAGGAAUGCCAUUCAUUUUCACUGAUCUAUGCUAAUGGUGAACAUUCUCUUGAUCUGAUAUGCAAGGAUAAAGCACAAGCUGCUACUUGGUUUGUUGGCUUGAAAGCUGUGAUUUCAAGGUGUCAGCAACCUAAAGCUUUUAGUAGUUUAAGAAGCUGCAAAGGAGUGCAGAGUUGUGUCAGUAGUCCCUCUGGAAUUUUACGCCGAAAGAAAAAUCUUGGUCUUCUAGAUGAUACCGCUCAAUUUACUCAGGUACAUAGCGUAUGUGCAAGUCCAACUCUGUCACUUUCAGAAAGGUGUUUUUCUGAUGGCAUGUCGUAUACAUCUGAUAACUUGUAUUCAUCGGCAUCAUCCCUCUCCAGCACUCAGGGAAGAACAGAUAGUUCAGUCCCAAGUUCUCCAUAUAUUAAUCCAGAUAUUCAUAGCAAUACUAAAACAUCUCGUUUCGAAAAGGAAUACAAGAAGGAUUUGUGGUCAUAUAGAUCUAUCAUGUCUCCUACCACUUCCUCACAUGUAGGAAAUAGCAAUAACAAUGUAUUGAAGGAUGUAAUGAUAUGGGGUGGUGGAAUUGGAUGCCUUGUAGGGAUUGUGAAUGAAAGGUUUGUCGAAAAUAGUAUUUAUUCUUUAGUUCCAAAGUUACUCGAAUCGACCGCGAUGUUAGAUGUACAAAAUGUAGCUUUAGGAGGAAACCAUGCGGCAAUAGCUACAAAACAAGGCGAAGUUUAUUGUUGGGGUCAAGGGAAGAGGGGAAGGUUAGGGCAAAAAAUUGAUAUGGACAUUAGCUCCCCCAAAAUAGUUGAUUCUCUUGGUGAUAUUCGUGUAAAAAACGUUGCCUGUGGCGAGUAUCACACAUGUGCUUUGACGGAUUCGGGUGAAGUAUAUGCGUGGGGGAACGAUGUUUCUUGUUCGGAUUCGGUUGAUGAAGGGAGAAUUAGGAGUCAGUGGUUAAUACAUAAACUUUCUUUACCUGUAGAGGGUAUUAGUAUUUCAAGUGUUGCUUGUGGAGAAUGGCAUACCGCGAUUGUUUCCAGCUGCGGUCGGUUAUUUACAUAUGGAGAUGGUACAUUUGGAGUACUUGGACAUGGGAAUUAUCAUAGCUUUUCUAGUCCAAAAGAAGUUGAGUCUCUUAAGGGUUUAUGUGUGAGGUCUGUAGCUUGUGGAACAUGGCAUACAGCCGCAAUUAUCGAAGUCAUUGCUGACCGUUUUAAGUACAAUACUUCUACCGGUAAGCUGUUUACAUGGGGUGAUGGAGAUGAAGCGAGGCUUGGUCAUGCCGAUAACGGAAACAAACUUGUACCAACAUGUGUUUCACAGCUUGUCGAUUACGAUUUUGUUCAAGUAUCUUGCGGAAGAAUGUUGACUCUCACACUUACUAAUAUGGGGAAAGUUUUUGCUAUUGGAAGUGCAAAAUAUGGACAAUUGGGAAAUCCACAUGUUAAGGAUAGAGCCGUUCUGGUUGAAGGUAUGCUUAAACAAGAGUAUGUAAAAAAGAUAUCUUGUGGCUCAUAUCAUGCUGCUGUUUUGACAUCUUCAGGAAGUGUCUACACAUGGGGAAAAGGUGAAAACGGACAACUUGGGCUAGGCGAUACCGAUAACCGAUACACACCUUGUUUUGUUGAGGCACUAAGAGAUAGGCAGGUAGAUACAAUAACUUGUGGUCCAAGUUUCACAGUUGCAGUAUGUUUGCAUAAACCUAUUUCAAUUAGUGACCAAUCAAGUUGUAGUGGUUGUAGGUUAGCAUUUGGUUUCACAAGGAAGAAACAUAACUGUUAUAACUGUGGUCUUUUGUUCUGCCGUGCUUGUAGUAGUAAAAAGGUUACCGAUGCGUCUCUAGCCCCGGAUAAGAGCAAGGCCUUUCGUGUUUGUGAUUCGUGCUUUGAUAGAAAGCAAGGAAGUAGUAGUACACAUUCAGUUACGGACUCAUUAAAGUCUAUAAAUUGUAACGAUCGGGAGAUACUAAAGCAUCAUCAGAUACUAAAGCGUCAUCAGAGUAAAAUUGGUGAUUUCACCGAAGAUAGAGGCGAAACAAAUGUGACAAAUAGUCCUUUAUUGUCUGUUAGCCAAUCGUGUUACCGGAAAAGCAUGCCAAGUGGAAGGAAGGUUUGGAAAAACCAACAAGAAAGCCAACACGAUUUAGAAGAUAGUUCUUCUAAGUUAGGUAGUGUGCCACAAUGUGGACAAGUUCCAUGUUCAGCACAAUUUGGAAUCAAUUAUACACAAAAUUCAGUUGUACAUGAAACAGAUACAUCAAAGUCUGAUACGUUGCUCAUAGAAGAAGUUCACAGGCUGAGAGCUGAGGCUAAGAGACUUGAAAAGCAAUGUGAGCUCAAAGACAAUGAAAUACUGGAGUGUCAACAAAAAGUUCAGGAGAGUUGGUCUGUAGCCAAAGAGGAAGCUGCUAAGUGCAAAGCAGCAAAAGAUGUUAUAAAAGUUUUGGCAUUAAGGCUUCAUACAUUAUCAGGAAAAGAUAAUCAUGGACUAGAACAAAAGUCUGGACUGCAAGAAUUUCAUCCAAAUUUGGCACCUAUACAAACAGAUAUGAAUAGUCCAAGAAAUGCCAAUAUGGAUAGUUUAUCAAAUUCUCCUAUAAUAUUCUCUAGUGCAUUAAAGUCCAAAUUUGGGAGAAGUAUCCUUCUCAAAAAUGACAAGUUGAUGGAGAAGACUAAUCUCACUAAAGCAGAAUCUCAACAAAACACUGCAGAUGGUUUGAAGAUGGUUGAAUGGGUCGAACAAUAUGAGAAUGGUGUUUACAUAACAUUGACAAGCUCGCCGAGUGGAGAAAAAGGAGUUAAGCGUGUGAGAUUUAGCCGGAAGCGAUUUUCGCAGAAAGAAGCAGAAAAGUGGUGGGAAGAGAAUCAAACAAAAGUGUAUAAUAAGUAUGAAAUUGAAGGAUUUUAAAACAGUAGCUGAAAGUCUAAUUAUUUACUUGUAAUUCAUCUCUAUAGCAUUUUUCACCAUAGGUCUUAGUUUAGGAGGUGAUAUUUGGCUUCAGGGUUUAGAUGAGAAGCUUAUACUACAAGAAAGAUCAAAGUCUUUUUGUAUUAAGCAUCCUUUUUUAUUAAUUUAUGAAUAUUUUGGGACAUUCAAA